CAGUUUAUUUUGCCCUGUCCAUCCUCUUCUUUCUGGGCCUUGUGGUUUGGUGACCUACAUCUACUCUACCCAUGAGCCCCUGCAACUAGGGCUCAACCUUUUGACCUUGGCCUGACCUCUCACCUCUUCUCCAAAGCCACGCCCCCCUGGUGAAGGUGUGUAUCUCUGCUCUUCUUUCUUUUGGCAGCAGGUCAAACCUCUCAGGGAUUUCAUGAGAUUUGAGGCUUCCUGCUCUUUGCUUUAGAGCUGUAUGCUAUGGAGGAGACUGUGUAGUGUUCUCUCUAUAGUGUAUGGAGUGUGCGUGUGCAACGUUUCCCUGUAGUGUAACGCUCGUCUGUGUAACGCGGUUCUCUCUGUAGAGUGUAUGGAGCCGUGUGAGAGCGCUGCGGCCCUCCUGGAGUCGGUGAGGGAGCAGGAGGUGCAGUUUGAACAGCUGACCAGAGCGCUGGAGGAGGAGAGGAGGAGAGUGCGCCUCCCCAGCCCCCCGUCCCACCCCCUCCCCCACACACAGGUAACACUGCAGCCCAUCUCCCCAGGGGAAAUUUCCCCUGACACCCCAACCCCCUAAAUACUCUGUUAGUGGCUUGCACCUUUCCUAAGCCUCUUUCUAGAUUCAGGCGGAAGACCAGUCAUCCAUCCGUUCAUAUAUCCCUCAUCUGUCCUUCUAGCCAUCCCUUGCUCCACUCCUCCACCCCAACCAGCACUCUAGAUUGUGUGUGGUUUAACUGUGUGUUGCAAUUCAACCCUUAUCCUUUAACACACUACCGUGUCUGUUUUAGAUAUCUCUACAGUUUUAACAAGCCAUGCAUCUCGCACCUCUGCAUAACUCCAACAUUACUUACCGUACCCGCACACAUGCCGCACACCACACACAACCUUCAUACCACCCUUACAUACCUUUGCAGACCUCUGUCAUGGAAUUCAAGCUAUUCUCAUCUUCGCUCCAGCAUGUUGUCCAAACUGUACCUGAAAUUAUGCUGUCAGUUGUCAUGCAUGCAGCCUCAUUCUACCUGUCAAAUGUUCUGGAAGAUUUCAUCAUUUUAAACAGUACACAGUAUCAACUAAAAGAGGGGUCGCUUCAAGAACUCGAUGUGGUGCCCUCCUAAUGUGAUUCUCAUAGGUGACCUCAUAUGUUAUGUAAUCAUAUGUUUGGAUGCUUUACCAUGCAAUUAGAGCCCUGAAGAGACAUGGAGAAUUCCUCUGUUUUACUGAGUAAACAUCAGCUGAUAGGGAAGAUGAAGGGGUUGCCUUUGUUUUUAUAAUCCUAGCAGGGCUAAUUGGUUUGUUUAGGUUGUCCAGUCAGUCUCCUCUCCCAUGUUGAGUCUUGCAGCGUGCUAAGCAAUGUCUCAUGACUGCCAUUGGGUGGGUGUUGCCUCUCUCGGUUUAGGUGUCCUUGUUUAUAACAAUGUAUCAUUCCAAGUUUAGACACCAACAUACACAGCUAUCUCUGUUGUUAACUUAUUACCAUAACAGCUUUAGAAUGUGAAGGGAAAUAUACCUUUCCUCCUGUGACUGAUACUUCCAAACCCGGCUCCUAUAUUGUGGAGGAACAGGCCUGACCCCUUGUGGACAGAGCAGGCAUUACACCCAGCCACACAGCUAAAGUGAGUCUGCAGCACAGGCCCAGCAUUUGUCUGUAUCCUCCUUCCUUCCUGCCUUCAUUUAAAGUGAUCGAACAUAAAAUGAGUGGUGAAAGAAAGGCAAUGGUUGGGUCAUUGAUUACUUCAAAGAAGGGGGAAGGAAAGGAAGGAUGCAAUGUCAAAGUAUUCAAAUGUGGUCCAUGACGCUGAGGUACUAAAAAAACGGGGUCAGUUUGGUUAAUGUGUUCGGAUGGUUGUAAGGAGAUGUUGUAGCCUAGGCUAUAGCCCAGUUGGAUCCUCCGUAAUGUCUCUAAAGACACCUGUGGAUAUGAGUGUGUUCUCUUGGUUGACGGUUUCUCUCUCCUACUCAGAACGGGCGCCUGGGGGAGGCAGACAUAGAACGACUGAAACUGAGUGAGGGAUACAUUAACGGGACACAGGUGAGUGUGUGUACUGGUUGUGUGUGUGUGUGUGUGUGUGUGUGUGUGAUGCUCUGUGUGUGUGUAACAUUGUGUGUGUGUGUGUGUGUGUAUUACAGUACAGGAUGGUGGACCCAGCGCAUGACGCUCUAGACGAGAGCUGCACACCAGAAGAUGAUUCACAGGAAGCACACUCUGUCUUCUCAGACGAUGGAACCAAUGGACGGCGGGCAGGGAACGUGGUACACACAUUUUGUACUGUAACUAAUAUGUAACUGAAAAUAAUUUCCUCCAUGGCGAACAAAAGAUUCUCUACAACUUCCUGUCUCAUUGUGAUGUACUUCCUCUUCUUCAGAUGAAGGUGAUCACCUCACGUACCGUCCUGCCCUCUGAUUCGAUGUCCAUCGACGGAGGACUAUCCGUCUCGGGCAUGGGUGGUUACAGUGCCACUCUGGACCGUACCUACAGGCAGGGUGGAGGGGGUGACUACCCCACAGCCACGGUCCCCAGGAACUACCACUACGGCCCCGCGGGGGGGUACGACGACUACAGGAGCGCCCCGCCCUCUGAGGCCUACGCCAGCCUGAGCAGAGGCACACGCAUGGACGACCGCUACAGGUCAGACAGACUGUUUACUUGCGUUAAGAGUUUAACAAGCGCUACACCGCUAGAUGAGGCACAUUGCCACUGUUGUUCAAGUUUGUAAAAGUGCUAAAGAGCACUGUAAAGAAAAAUGCUACAAACUGCUUUUCAAUAAGUAUUCCUUUUGUGAAGAUGACCUUAUCUUUGGGAUAAUUGAUCUUCUCCAGACCUGCGGAUGGGUACAGGACCCUGGACUCUGGGUACCGCGCCCCCAGCAGACAGCAGAUGGACCCCUACGUAGCCCAGCCCCAGGUGGGGCGAGGGGUGAGGGGUGUGGGCAGUGCCCUGGAGCUGGGGGGCAUGCGCUACGCCCACCAGGGCCACUAUGGCAUGGAGGAUGACCAGAGGAGUCUGGGAUAUGACGACAUGGAGUACAGUAUGGCUCCUCCCACCAUGCAUCCAGGAUACGGCACCAUGCCACGACUAGGCCCAGGCCCUGGUGGACUGGACAGACGCAGGCUCAGGUAGACACACACACACACACACACACAUAAAAACACACGAAUGGUUACAGUACACACCCAAAUCACUCCAAUAUCAGUAUAUGUACGCAAUACUCGCAUACCAACACACACACACAACACAGUCCCGUCUGAGCUUCCAUUUGUCCCUUAGGAGUUGUGAGGACACUUUGGACGGGGACAUGGGAGGAGUCGACCCCUACACCUGGGGCGUCAACAUGGCGAUGGAGAGGGGAAGUAUGGCAUCAUUGGACAGUACCCUGAGGAAGGGCCCGCCCACUUCCUGGAGACAGCCAGAGCUUCCUGAGGUCAUCGCCAUGUUGAACUACCGACUGGACCCGGUCAAAACCAACGCUGCUGCCUUCCUCCAGCACCUCACCUUCAAGAAUGACAAGGUAAAACACAACACCUUGUGUACCUGCAAACACAGGUUUUUAUUGACAUGAUGAAUAUUGCAAGUAUUAAAGCACUGGUGUCAGCAUAUGUUUUAGGAUAGGUUUGGUGUAUGACCAUGUUGGUUGUGUUUGUCUGUAGGUGAAAUCGGAGGUGCGUCGUCUAAAGGGGAUCCCUGCUCUGGUCUCGUUGCUGGACAACCCCAAGAAGGACGUACACCACUCGGCCUGCGGGGCGCUCAAGAACAUCUCAUAUGGACGAGACCACGACAACAAGAUCGCCAUCAAGAACUGUGACGGCAUCCCUGCCUUAGUCAGGCUACUGAGGAAGACCAGAGAGCAAGACCUCACAGACACCAUUACAGGUAAUACUACUGUUAUAUCUACUCUCUCACUUGCUCUACAGGGUUUUUUAACAAGGUGGUGCUGAUGAGGAAGGCAGGGGGAAGGCCGGGAAGGGGGCUCUUUUCCCCUUUUGGAGAUGUUUGCGUUUUUUAACACCUGUAACUGCCAUUUCCUGCAAUCUAGAGCCUUAAAUUAUAACAAAUAGUGUUGAUUUUUGUAUUUUAAUUUUUUUACAUAGUGACGCAUCUAGUCCACAAGGUGGCCCCGCUUGCAUUCUUUGGGGAGAACCCAGCUUUACUAUUACCGUACUACUUAUGGGACAGUAAAACACCAGUACAACCGUGUAGUAUUCUUACUAUACUUCAGUUAUAUAACCUACACUGAGUAUACCAAAUAUUAAGAACACCGUCCUAAUAUUGAGUUGCACCCCCCCCCCCCCCCCCCCCUUUUUUGCCCUCAGAACAGCCUCAAUUCGAAUAGACAAUGGACUCUACAAGGUGUCGAAAGCGUUCCACAGGGAUGCUGGCCCAUGUUGACGCCACUGCUUCCCAUAGUUGUGUCAAGUUGGCUGGAUGUCAUUUGGGUGGUGGACCAUUAUUGAUACGGGAAAACUGUUGAGCGUGAAAAACGCAGCAGCGUUGCAGUUCUUGACACGAUCAAACCAGUGCACCUGGCACCUACUACCAUACCCCGUUCAAAGGCACUGAAAUAUUUUGUCUUGCCCAUUCACCCUCUGAAUGACACACAUACACAAUCCAUGUCUUAAAAAUCCUUCCCUUCAUCUACACUGAUUGAAGUGGAUUUAACAAGUGACAUCAAUAAGGGAUCAUAGCUUUAACCUGGAUUCAACUGGUCAGUCUGUGAUGGAAAGAACAGGUGUUCUAAUGUUUUGUAUAUACACGUAACUGCCAAAAUAAAGGAAACACAAACACCACGAGCCAGAACGUCUUCAGUGCACCUAGGCAUAGAUUCUACAAGCGUCUGGAACUGUAUUGGAGGGAUGCAACACCAUUCUUCCAUUUGAAAUUCCAUCAUUUGGUGUUUUGUUGUUGGUGGUUUGCAUCGUUUUCAUGCUCAUCAAACCAUUCAGUGACCACUCGUGCCCUGUGGAUGGGGGCAUUAGCAUCCUAUGGGGGCAAAGCCAUGGUAGCCAAAAUAAUGGCCUGCCCAGCAUUUUUAUACAUGACCCUAAGCAUGGUGGGAUGUUAAUUGCUUAAUUAAGGAACCACACCUGUGUGGAAGCACCUACUUUCAAUAUACACUGCUCAAAAAAAUUAAGGGAACACUAAAAUAACACAUCCUAGAUCUGAAUGAAUGAAAUAAUCUUAUUAAAUACUUUUUUCUUUACAUAGUUGAAUGUGCUGACAACAAAAUCACACAAAAAUUAUCAAUGGAAAUCAAAUUUAUCAACCCAUGGAGGUCUGGAUUUGGAGUCACCCUCAAAAUUAAAGUGGAAAACCACACUACAGGCUGAUCCAACUUUGAUGUAAUGUCCUUAAAACAAGUCAAAAUUAGGCUCAGUAGUGUGUGUGGCCUCCACGUGCCUGUAUGACCUCCCUACAACGCCUGGGCAUGCUCCUGAUGAGGUGGCGGAUGGUCUCCUGAGGGAUCUCCUCCCAGACCUGGACUAAAGCAUCCGCCAACUCCUGGACAGUCUGUGGUGCAACGUGGCGUUGGUGGAUGGAGCGAGUCAAAACUGUUCGCUGCUCUGGCACCCCAAUGGUGGAACAAGCUCCCUCACGAUGCCAGGACAGCGGAGUCACUCACCACCUUCCGGAGACAUUUGAAACCCCACCUCUUUUAAGGAAUACCUGGGAUAGGAUAAAGUAAUCCUUCUACCCCCCCCCCCCCCCCCCCAAAAAAAAAAACAACAUUGUAAAGUGGUUAUCCCACUGGCUAUAAGGUGAAUGCACCUAUUUGUAAGUCGCUCUGGAUAAGAGCGUCUGCUAGAUGACGUAAAUGUAAAUGUAAUGUCCCAGAUGUGCUCAAUUGGAUUCAGGUCUGGGGAACGGGCGGGCCAGUCCAUAGCAUCAAUGCCUUCCUCUUGCAGGAACUGCUGACACUGGAGGAUGUUGCAGGCAGCAGAACGUUCUCCACGGCGUCUCCAGACUCUGUCACAUGUGCUCAGUGUGAACCUGCUUUCAUCUGUGAAGAGCACAGGGCACCAGUGGUGAAUUUGCCAAUCUUGGUGUUCUCUGGCAAAUGCCAAACGUCCUGCACGGUGUUGGGCUGUAAGCACAACCCCCACCUGUGGACGUCGGGCCCUCAUACCACCCUCAUGGAGUCUGUUUCUGACCGUUUGAGCAGACACAUGCACAUUUGUGGCCUGCUGGAGGUCAUUUUGCAGGGCUCUGGCAGUGCUCCUCCUGCUCCUCCUUGUACAAAGGCGGAGGUAGCAGUCCUGCUGCUGGGUUGUUGCCCUCCUACGGCCUCCUCCACGUCUCCUGAUGUACUGGCCUGUCUCCUGGUAGCGCCUCCAUGCUCUGGACACUACGCUGACAGACACAGCAAACCUUCUUGCCACAGCUCGCAUUAAUGUGCCAUCCUGGAUGAGCUGCACUACAAGUGGUCUGUGGUCACCACCUGCAAAACCAGUCCUUUAUUGGGGGUGUCUUGCUAAUUGCCUAUAAUUUCCACCUGUUGUCUAUUCCAUUUGCACAACAGCAUGUGAAAUGUAUUGUCAAUCAGUGUUGCUUCCUAAGUGGACAGUUUGAUUUCACAGAAGUGUGAUUGACUUGGAGUUACAUUGUGUUGUUUAAGUGUUCCCUUUAUUUUUUUGAGCAGUGUACUUUGUAUCCCUCAUUUACUCAAGUGUUUCCAUUAUUUUGGCAGUUACCUGUACCUCGUUAUUGGACUCAGAGACCAGAGAGUCAUGAAAAUGAUGAAGAAUGCAUUCUCUUCCUCAGGCACAUUGUGGAACCUAUCGUCUCACGACUCUGUGAAGAUGGAGAUCGUGGACCACGCGUUACACACCCUCUCUGACGAGGUGAUGGUGCCGCACUCUGGCUGGGAGAGAGGAAGUGACGGAGGAGAAGAGAGCCUCAAACCACGACACCUGGAGUGGGAGACGGCCCUCACCAACACAGCUGGCUGUCUGAGGUACGUGGGGGGAGAGGAAAUGGACGGCAGGAGAUCAGUGGAGGAGAGAAUGAAAGGGGGAAUAGGUAUUGGAUCUGAGGAAAAUAUAAACCAUUAACAUUUUAGCUUAUCUUUCUGUUGUUGUUAAGGAACGUGAGCUCAGAACGUAGCGAGGCCAGGCGGAAGCUGAGGGAGUGCACGGGAUUGGUGGACUCACUCAUGUACAUUGUCCAAUCACAGAUCAACCGCAAAGAUGUGGACAACAAGGUAAUUGAUUGCUUAAACCUGAUUAUACAUAUUUUUUGGUCAAUUUUCUUAAUUUCUUUCCCAAUGACAUGCUUGAAUAAAGACCCUUUAAAACCUCCACUCUCCCUCUCUCUCUGUGUAGUUGGUGGAGAACAGUGUGUGUCUGCUGAGAAAUCUGUCCUAUCAGGUUCACCGGGAGAUUCCCGGCUGCGAGCGCUACCUGGAGGCCGCGCCCCUAAACCAGGGCCCCGUCCCCGGAUCCAACAAGGCCAGCUGCUUCAGCUCAAGGAAGGGCAAAGGUCAGUAACCGGCCUGUUAAAGGUUGUAGUUCACCCUGUGUGUUCUGUGGCUAGAGGUAAAAAGUUCCCUUAACCCCAGAUCUAGGAUCAGAUUACCCGCUCCCCAGUCCUGCCUGGGGAUAAAGCUGUAGACUGAUCUUAGAUCUGUGGUUAGUGGCAACGUAAUCCUACUCAGUGUAUGCUUUUUGGGUGCCGGGGGCUGAGUUUUGCUUUUAUGGAUCUGACGCGUUUGUUUGUGCUUGUUGGUAGCUGGCAUACUAUUUCUGUUUUUCACUCUCUCUCCGUCCCUCCUCCUCCCCCUGUCCUCCCCCUUCUUUUGUUCCUGUCCUGUUUAGAUGAGUGGUUUUCCAAAGGUAAGAUUCUGUUCUUAGUGUUCUAUUGCACUGCGGCUGAAUAAGGGCUUUUCCUUACGCUGGCUGGUCUUAACAUUUCCCUUUCCUUAGUCAGUAGAUGUGUAGGUGGGACUUGACACACUGAGUGCAUGCUGUUCAACUAGUGCCCAUGUUUGCAUGAUACCAUGAUGUCAUUCUGAGGAGAAUUUGAAUCUAUGAAAAAUGGCUGAGGUGGAACAGAUUCAAAUGCACCUAAAAUGUAUUUUUACAUCUACCUCGAUCAGAAUGAUCUCUAGAUUGUUUGUUCUCUCUGUCUCUGUCCAGGUAAGAAAGAUGCGGAUGACGGGAGUGCGGACCAGGUUGAUAUCCCAAAGAGGACGACGCCUGCCAAAGGUGAGUCAAACCACCCUAUGAAAACACAGCAUACAUGCAAUACGUAGAAUCAGUUCCUAAAACCCCUCUUCCUACCAGGCUAUGAGCUGCUGUUCCAGCCAGAGGUGGUGCGUGUGUACACAUCUCUGCUGAGAGAGAGCCAGAACCCCUCUGUACUGGAGGCUGCAGCCGGGGCCAUACAGAACCUGUGUGCCGGACGCUGGACUGUGAGUGGACAGCCUCUGAUCUCUCACCUUUCCCUGAAUCUCCACCUCCUCUCGCAUCUCAUUGUCUGAUUCGUAGCAUUACCCCAAUGCUUUCUCCGCAAGAUGACUACUCAGUGUUCAGAAUGGUAAUGAUUCUAACCACCGCUCUCCCUCUCUGUCCCUUAGUAUGGUCGGUAUAUCCGGGCCACGGUACGUCUGGAGAAGGGCCUCCCGAUGAUGGCAGAGCUGCUGGCUCAUGGGAACGACCGUGUGGUCAGAGCCAUGUCCGGAGCCCUGAGGAACCUGGCCAUCGACAACCGCAACCGCGAGCUGCUCGGUAAGUUGGUGUGUGCAUCAGAUUCGCAUGUUAGGUAUCACAACUUCACAUGAGGAAAAACAGCUUCAUCAGCAUAUAGAAAGAAUGCCAUUCCUUCCUGGAUUGUUUCAGAUCCGCUCUUUAGUCUGUGUUCUGCAUCUGAGCCGUCCUGUCCUUCCAUAGGUAAGCACGCUGUGCCCCACCUGGUGGCAGACCUGCCGGGUGGCCAGAGCCAGUCGGCACGACCUCUGUCUGAGGAGACGGUGGUGUCUGUACUGAGCACGCUCACUGAGGUGCUGGGCAACAGCCUGGAGGCCGCCAAGACCCUCAGGGCCUCCCAAGGCAUCGAGAGACUGGUGCUCAUCAAUAAGGACGGGUAAGAGCGAGUGUGUGUGUGUGUGUGUGUGUGUGUGUGUGUGUGUGUGUGUGUUGAACUGAAGCUCAUUAACAAGUAUAUUGUUAGCAUUUGUGUGUACGUGUUUGUUUGAGAUGGAUAGGUCAUAGUGGGUCUAUACAGUACAUGUGUAACGGAGUGUAUGUCUAUUGGUCCUGCAGUAAGCGCUCUGAGCGGGAGGUACGUGGGGCAGGCCAAGUGUUACAGCUGAUCUGGGGGCACAAGGAUCUGCGGCGCCCCCUGGAGAAGGACGGCUGGAAGAAGACCGACUUCAUGGUGAACCUCAACCCCCCCGCCAACGGCCCCUCCACACGCACCAACGGGACCUACGAGGACACUACCAUGCCAAUGCUAGACAAAGGUGAGACUCUUGGAAUAGGGUUUAAUUUUUAUUUGCGUCACCGACUUGCUUCUUUAACAGCAAGUUAAAGUUAGACAUAAAAUAUGUAGGAAUUGUUGGGAAGUGAACAGAAUGUAAUCGCUUUUGUUAUUUCAACAGGGGCGAAGAGAGACAUGAUUCCACUGAAUGACUUAGGCCCUGGUGAGUAUCCAUGGAAACACUGUCAAAGCGAAGGCCAAAGAUUAGAUUUGUUAAUAUUUAUUUUAUCAAUGUUGAGUCAUGCUCUUCCUCCCUCCCUUUUUAGAAGCCUACUCUACACUGGACCAGCGGGAGAGGAGACACUCUCUGGACAACUCCCUCGACACCACAGACACUUUACAGGUAACAGACCCCCCCCGCCCCCCCCGCCCUGUACAAAUUUUUUAUUUCACUUAAACACACUUGCCUUUACUAACCCGUUCUCUCUCCUUCACACCUUUUUAAAACGUCUCUAUUUUGCCUUUUGGUUGACGACCGCUACCUCUACUCACGAAAUCUCUUCCACAAUCUCUCUCUCUCUCUCUGUCUGUCUCGUUCCGUCUCUCAGCGUGGGGUGUAUGGGGGCAGAAAGGGUUCCCUGCCUCUGUUGGACUCCUACGAUGGUUAGCCCCCCUCCCCUCUCCCCCUCUGCAUGUAACAGCAUGGUACGUUUCACCUCUUGUCCUGCAUGGACUCUAUAUCUCCAUCCUUUGUCUCUUUAUAACCUAUAAUGACACUUCUGCUCUAACUCUGUCUAUAUUGUAUUAUUUCAGUACCUUGGUUUUGUACACAGUAUAAUGUGCAGUAAAAACUGAUUUGAAGGCUUUCACACUGGUAUAGUAUGCUAUGUGGACUUGUACUUGUGCAUUGCGGUGUAUCAUAAACCCUAAAGCUAACAGUAUACCCUAGGCAUUUGCAUUUUGGCAUAUUGUGUAUAGACUGACAUACUUGUACCACAAAAUCGUCUUGUGUGCGGUUUGUUUGACUCUUUUUGAAAUAUUACCACAUGCACUGAUAACAUGUAUUAUUUAUCCUCCUCUCCUCUUCCUCCAGAAAAACUGAUGGUGUGCAUUACCCAGGGUGAGCUGCCCCAGCCCUACCACUGCUACUGAGGAGAGAAUACUAGAGACCCACAGACUCGCUCUCUCUCGCUCGCUCCUUCCAUCACAAGGCUAUGUGGUUAUGAAGAUGAGGGUUGGCGUCCAAAGAAAGCAGUUGUGUUGCAAUCAGAGUGAUAUUUAACACUCAAACUGACGACACACACCAUAGUAACGUCAGAAAUAUAUUCCCUGUUAUUUAAAUGAUAUCGAUAUUCCCUUUCUCAAGGCAAUAGUCUUUGUUUGACAAUCAUUGUUUAUUUCUGUUUUUUCUAUGAUUACUUACAUCCAACAUUUGGCUCAAUUAGCGUUUCCUGUUGUUCGUUAGAAUCCUCAUACUCGUUCAAAUGUUUUGUUGUUUUCUUUGUCGUCGUGAAUCAGGUCGCUGCCAUCAUCUGCAUCCUGAUAUAAAAGAGGACAUGUCUGAUUGGGGAGGAAGGUGUCUACACCUUUUUUAAGGUUGAUUUUAAUUUAAGUAGUGCCCAGAUUGGGAUUGGUGAGUGGAAAGGUCAUGAGUGGCUGGUGGACCAAUGGGGCUCGGUCCUCAUAGAUUCGGAAUGUUUGUUUGUAAAGG